UAAAAAAUCAAAUUUCAUCAUAAAUUUAGGCCAAAGUAUAUUCUGCUACAUGUCUUUGCUAAAAAAAAUCCCAGUACGUGUAAAUUACCGUAUUUUUUCGCUCCAUAAGACGCACUUUAUUCCCCCCAAAAAAGUGGGGAAAAUGUCAGUGCAUCUUAUGGAGCAAAUAUAAAGCGGCCGGUCCGGUAUUUCCGCCGCCACCAUGUCAGAAUACCGGGCCAGCUGCUCAGCUGUUCUCUGAUGCAGGACCUUACCUGUUCCUCGGUCCAGCGCUGCGCAGUCUUCCCGCGCCGCCUUCUUCCCGCGUCGGCAUCUGUGACAGCCUGGUGCCCACUGCGCAUGCGCGAGAAGCGCUGCGCUUUGUGAAUGGUCCGGCAUCUUCUGGGACACAUGACAGGUCACAGCCGGGUGCCCACUGUAAAGGGAGGACAAUUCCGCGGAAGUGGGAGCGGGUACCUUCUGCAGUCUCUGGUCAUCCCCUACACUGUCUGCAGUCUCUGGUCAUCUCCUGUACUGUCUGCAGUCUCUGGUCAUCCCCUACACUGUCUGCAAUCUCUGGUCAUCUCCUGUACUGGCUGCAGUCUCUGGUCAUCUCCUGUACUAUGUCUGCAGUCUCUGGUCAUCUCCUGUACUGUGUCCGCAGUCUCUGGUCAUUUCCUGUGCUAUGUCUGCAGUCUCUGGUCAUCCCCUGUACUGUGUCCGCAGUCUCUGGUCAUCCCCUGUACUGUGUCCGCAGUCUCUGGUCAUCCCCUGUACUGUGUCCGCAGUCUCUGGUCAUCACCUGUACUGUGUCCGCAGUCUCUGGUCAUCUCCUGUACUGUGUCCGCAGUC